UCAGAGGGAGCAAGAGCUUCUUUUUGCGCGGCGGACACCACCCCACGACAAUGGACUUCCUUCUCAGCGGGGUCGCGGCGUGCGGGGCCUGCAUGUUCACCAACCCGCUGGAGGUAGUGAAGACUCGGAUGCAGCUCCAAGGAGAACUCCAGGCUCCCGGCACCUACACCCGCCACUACCGCAACGUCUUCCAUGCCUUCUACACCAUCGGACGGGUGGACGGUCUGGCAGCGCUCCAGCGGGGCCUGCUGCCCGCCUUGGUGUACCAGUUCAGCAUGAACGGCAUCCGCCUGGGCUCCUACGCCAUCGCCGAGUCGGCCGGCUACACUCGCGCCCCCGACGGGCACCUCAGCCUUCUGCGCAGCACUGUGGCAGGGGCGCUGGCCGGGGUGACGGGUGCCAUCACAAGCAGUCCGUUCUACCUGGUAAAGACCCACAUCCAGGCGCAGUCAGCUUCUGAGAUCGCCGUCGGGCAUCAAUACCAGCACGAGGGGAUGUCCCAAGCUUUGGUGAAGAUCUACAGAGAGCAUGGCAUGGCAGGACUGUGGCGCGGGGCGAUCUCAGCCAUUCCCCGUGUCAUGGUGGGAUCUGCCACGCAGUUGGCUACUUUCUCCACGUCCAAGGAGUUCAUUGGAAAACUUAAGAUCUUUCCUGACGACAGCUGGCUGGUGGCCCUGAGUGCCGGGAUGACCAGCAGUUUCACCGUUGCUAUUGCCAUGACGCCCUUUGACGUGGCUAGCACUCGUCUCUACAACCAACCUGUGGGGCCCGAGGGUCAGGGUUUGAUGUACAAAGGCCUUCUCGACUGCCUUGCUAAAAUAAUCCGCAAAGAGGGCUUCCUCGGGAUCUACAAGGGACUGGGGGCCUCCUACUUCCGGAUCGGGCCCCACACCAUCCUCAGCUUGCUCUUCUGGGACCAGCUGCGCAACGCUUACGCCAGCUGGACGGACCAACGGUGACGCAGAUGGUGGCUGGAAGUGCCAGAUGCCAACAUGGUUUCCGCGGCUCCUCUUGGAGCGAGAGAGCUGUGGAGGGGCUCAAAUCGGCUGGGCUACGUCCAUGCCUGGGAUGGCAACAGAGCUGCCCGUAAUGUCUUCCAUUGUGCAGGAAAGAUUGUCAGUUCCUCACACCUUGUCUCAUAACCUGGCAGCUAAUUAUUCCAUCACCUCUCUUCUCUUGCUUUGCUACUCCAGAGGGUCUUCUGCAACCCGUGCUGACCCCAAAAUAGACCUGCAGCUGUAAUUUAUUGACAGAAGAGGCUUUACGGCGUGACUCUCGCAAUGACGGCUCUCCCCACACUCUGCUUUCAAUCUAUUUAGGAGUCCUCUUCUGCUACGCCAGGCCUCGUCAAUUUAUACGUGUUCAAGCAGCAUUAAGCCAUCUGUGGACAAUUGCCUGUUUCUAUAACUCCAGGUAGACAGCAGGAGGGGGCUAGUUGAAUUCCUUAGGGACCACUAGAUUGGAUUUGGAGGCUUCGUCCUGGUAUGGCCUCUCUGCUCAUAGAGCACUUCGACAGUGGCAGAGUUAUCCUGUUUGCGGUCAAAAGCUCCACUCUGGUAGGCCUCAGUUGAACACCUGUGGGAGCAUCGUUGCACUACAAGAGUCCCACCCCUAGGUAGUGCUAGAGUAUUAAUACUGUACUCACCUGCGUUAGGAGCAAAUAACAGUAAUUAAUUAUACUAUAAUUGAACUCAAAAUGCUAGUCUUUUGUUGUUGGGACUAGGAAAUCACAAAGUAGCAGAUACAUUUCCAAACUGCGGAGAGCUCUUCUUCAGGCAAGAUGAUUUAGUUUUUAAGAAAUCAGAAAAGAGAGAAGGGCAAGGUAAAGAUAUUUCAGGGCGUGUUAUUAAAACUUACAGGCAGAGACAGUCUUUGGCUAUGGGCAACAGGGACGGUAACCUUGGACCCACACUUAGAGGGGUCCCAAGAACCCACUCCUGCCUGACCUGACUGGGGCUUGCGUGGGCCUAGGAUCAUCCCUUCCUUUGUUUGGAUUUAUAUGCCACCUUUCUCCCCUGUAUGGAGUCCCAAAGCCGCUUACA